AUGGCUCGUGCUUUGUCUAGGAGAAGAGGGUCGGCGUGUGAGUCUGUGCAGAGUGACUAUACGGAAGACGCUUUUGAGGGUCCUCGAAAGUCUGUUGAGUGUGACUAUACGCGAGAUGCUGAUGUGGCAGGUCGUUCUGAGCGUGGGAAGUCUGGCGAGUGUGACUAUGUGAGUAUUUCGGAUCUGGGGUCGUUGAAAGGAGGGGAGUUGGGGGAGUGUGAUUAUGUGAGUAUUUCGGAUUUGGGUGGUUCGGAGCGUGGGGGUUCUAUUGCGGAGUGUGACUUUAUUGAGUUGGGUGGCUCGAAACGCGAGGGGUUGACGUGUGACUCUAUUGAAGGGGAGCAGACGGGGGUGGAGGUGAUUGUAAGAGGAACAGGAGGAGCGAGAGAGGAGGAGGAUAGGGGGAGUGAGGGAGAGGUGAACGAAGGAUUAGUAGGGGUGGAAAGGGAGGAGGAUGGGGGGAGUGAGGGAGGGGAGAAGGAAGUAAAAAGAAUGGAAAAGGAGGAGAAUGGGGGGAGUGAGCCAGGGGUGAAGGAGGGAGCAACGGAGGUGAACGCUAGUGGGGGAGGAAAUGUGAGAGGAAUGAAGGAGGAGGAUGGAGGGAAGGAGAUCAGAGAGGAGAAAGAAGAGGAAGUGGGGGUGGGGUUGGGGAUGGGAGUAAUGGGAGGGGUGAAGGAGGGAGCGGCGGUGGGAGAGGAAGCAAGGAAAGUAGCGAUGAUUGCUUUUGAGGUGCCUCAGAAGAUGAAAGAGGGAGCAGUGGUGGGAGAGGAAUUAAAGGAGGCAAGGCAAGGAGCGAUGAAUGCAUGUGGGGGACGUAUUGGAAGAGAAGACGAAAAGGAGGAUGGGGGGAAGGAUAUGAAAGUGGUGGCAGAGGGUGAGGAGAGUGAUGAGGAGGAGGAGAGUGAAGUGGAGGAGGCGAGUGAAGAGGAGGAGGGGAGUGAAGAGGAGGAGGAGAGUGAGGAGGAAGGUGAGAGUGAGGAAGAAUGGAGUGAGGAAGGGGAGGAAAGUGAGGAAGAACGGGAGGAGCAGGAGGAGAGUGAAGAGGAAGAGGAGAAAGAGGGUGUCAAUGAAAGGGCUCCUCCCCUCUCUCCUCUCCACCCCCUUCCCUCUCCUGCUCGUUCCCCCCUUCCUCCUCAUCCCCUCUUCGCUGUUCCUUCUCCUCCCCGUUCUCCUCUCCCUCCUCGUCCUUCUCCUCCCCUCUCUCCUCUCCCUCCUCUUCCCACUCCUGCCCGUUCUCCCCUUCCCCCUGCCGUGGCUCCUGCUGCUAAAAUGCCACAAGCGCUGCUAACCAGGCCCAGAAGCACGUCAAGUCUAGCCAGUGCAGCUAGCGAAGACGCUUAUAAGGGGUACAGUAUGGCCGCUUCUGGCGAGGCCGCUUAUAAGGGUGCUGCUUAUGGUACGUCCGCUGCUGGUGAGGGGUUGUGGUGGGGAAGAAAAGCAGCAUCAGGGGAGGCAGCAGCAGCAGCAGCAGCAGCAGGAGCAACAGCAGCAGCGGGAGCAUUUGCAACAGCAGCAGCAUCAGUAGCAGCAGGAGCAGCAGCAGCAGUAACAGCAGGAGCAGCAGCAGCAGCAGUAGCAGCAGGAGCAGUUGCAGUGGCUGCUGGCGGUGUGUUUGAAUCAAACCAUUCAGCAUCAGCAUCAGCAUUAUCAUCAGCAGCUGCUGCUGCUGUUGUUUCUGGAUUGAACCAGAAUAAGGCAGCAGUGGGGGCUGCAGCAGCAGCAGUUGAAACUGGGGGUGGUGAUGGUGGUGAUGGUGGUGAUGGUGGUGAUGCAGGGAAAAGGGAUGGAGUAGCAGGAGCAGGAGGCGCAGCAGCAGUGGAAAUGAGUGAGGAGGAGAGGGAGAAGGAGAGAGUGAGGGAGAGGGGGAGGGAGCUGGCAGAACGGGCGCGGAAGCAGCGGCAGCAAUUUGUGGAACGACUGGAAAAGCGAAAGCAGAUGGCUCGGUUGGGGGGGGUGAAGCAGGGGAUGGGUGUGGGAGCAGGGAGUGGCGGGGAGGGAAGUGGAGGGAGUGGGGGAAGUGGGGUGGGAGGAGAGGAAGCAGCUGCUGCUACAGCCUCUGCUGCUAACGGCGUGUCUGCUGCUGGUGCCACGAGUGUUGCUGGUGCUGUUGCUGCCGGUUCGGUGGAGAGCGGUGCAAGCAGCUUGUUGAUCUCUCUGCUGGCACAUCCACACUCUCUCCCUCGCACUCUCCCUCCCUCUCCCCCUCUCACUCCCCUCCUCUCUCUACCUCCACCAAUUCAACGGGGGGAAGUGGUGGGUUCGGGGGGAGUGGGAGGAUCGGGGGGAGUGGAGGGUUGGGUGGGAGCGGGAGGCAGGGGAGUGGGAGGACUGGGGGAAGUGGAGGGUUGGGGGGCAGCGGUAGGUACCAAGUGUGCUGCUGAUGGCAAGAAAGGGAGGAAGGGCAGUGAGGGUCAUGGGUUUACUGGAGAGGAAUGGGGGGAUGAAGUGGAGGGGGAAGGGGAAAGGAAGGAGGAGGAGGAGGAGGAGGAGGAGGAGGAGGAGGAGGAGGAGGAGGAGGAGGAGGAGGAGGAGGAGGAGGAGGAGGAGGAGGAGGAGGAGGAGGAGGAGGAGGAGGAGGAGGAGGAGGAGGAGGAGGAGGAGGAGGAGGAGGAGGAGGAGGAGGAGGUGCCGUUGGUGCAGCUGCUACGGUCAAGGACUAUUGGGUCGGGAUAUGCAUACAGAGUGCUCGAUUUGGACGAGAGUGGUUGUGAUGCUGGUGAUGCUGCUGGUGAUGCUGCUGGUGAUGCUGGUGAUGCUGGUGGUGAUGUUGCUGGUGCUAAUGGUGCAGCAUAUCUUGAUGGUGGUGGUGAUGCUGAUGGUGAUGCUGGUGGUGGUGCCGCUGCUGAUGGUGCUGAUGGUGGUGAUGGUGGUGAUGUAUCAAAUGAGAGCGAGCACGAGGCAGGCAGCAGCAGGCACGACGGAGCAACGAAACUGGCUAAAAGGCAGGCUAAAAGAAGGAAGGAGACGAAGCAGCAGGCUAAAAGAAGGAAGGAGACGAAUGGCAGGAAGGAGAGCGAGGGUGAGGGGGACAGUGUUGAGGGGAACAAGGUUAAAGAGGUUGGAAAGAAGGGGAGCAAGUCCGGUAAGAAGAAGAAGGAGAAGGAGAAGGAGAAAGCAGGAUGGAAGGAAGGCGAGGGAGCAGAAGUGAAUGGGCCACACAUGCUCAAUCCACGAAAUGAGAGUGAGGGAGUGAGCGACGGAGUGGGUGAGGGGGUGAGUGGGGAGAGUUUACGGCAGCAGGCAAAGGAAGGUGGGGUGAAAGAGAAGAAGAAGCAGAAGAAGGAAGGGAGCACGACCAAGGCCAAAAAGGGUGAAAAAUCUGAGGAGGUGGGAGAGACAAAAAAGGGUGAUGAGGCAAAGAAGCGUGAGGAGGUUGGGGAGGAGAAGGAGCCGGGACUUACAGGCCCAACUGUUCAGCUGCAGCAGCUUCUCUUGCAGGCAGAAAACAGCAGUGAGGGUGCCGUGUUAGCCGGUCCUGUAGGGUUGGAUGCAGGGAAGCGUUGGGGCGGCGGUAGGGCUUUAAGGGUGGCGAUUCCUUUGGAUACUUCCAAUGAUGAAGAGGACGAGGAAGAGGAGGACGGGGAGGAAGAGGAGGAGGGGGCGGGAGAGGGGGAGAGGGAGAGGCGUAAUUAUAUCGGGCGUGCGCUGUUGCAACGUAGUGCUAUGUCCGCGCGUGACUAUAUGGGGCGCUCAUCAUUUAAACUAGCAGCAUCUUCAGCAGCGGGCGGAGCACGGCCGACGCCGGCCCUGACACCAGGCCCAGCAGCCAAUAGGAAGCUGCCACGUGGCAUGUCCCCCAAGCCAAUCAUGACGCCGGAAGCCCUGGCUGCUUACUAUGAGAAAUCUGGAACCACGGCCAGCACCGCCGCUUCAGUUGCGCCUUCCCCCGCCCUCGCCGCUUGUCCCUCCUGUCCCGUUAGUGACGCUUUUCUUGACGAGUCAUUGGACAGUUGCUCCUUUCCAGGUGCUUCUCACGAUGGGCUUUUGGGAGUUAUAAAGCCGGGAGGAGCCGCUGAGCGCAUAAAGGGAGGCAGCGGCGUCGCCGGCCGCGCCGCUAUUGCCAGCAAAUUAACAUCUCACGCGCGUUCCGUGUCCGUGAGUGACGCCGAUGCGUCGGGCGCGGGUCACGACAAGACGCACCAGUGGCUCAUGUCGCGAUACCUCGACUCCGCCCAGCCUUCCGCGGAUCCCUUUCUCCGCCGCUCGACCUUCCGCCUCGAUCUUCCGCUCACCACCGCCGCGGCGCCUAUUUCCCCCGCGUCGCCUUCCCCUCGCGCCGCCGCCUAUUCCGCCUCUGGUUCCCCUCUCCCCUGUUCCGCAGACCGCUUCCAUUAUUCCCCCUCCGCUAGCUAUUACUCCGCCUCCCCCGCCCCCUACGCGCAUCCGGCCGCGCAUCUCCACUGCUACUCCGCCUCCCGUUCCGCCUGGGCGCAGCCCGCCGUCAUUCCCCAGAGCCAGAGCGCGACCGCGAAGGGGGACCCGUACGCGUUUCUGCACGCCAGCCCGUUUCGUUACAGUCACGACUGCUACGACAGCGACGAGGAGAAAAACGGCUACGCUGGCGACGACGGCGGAGACAAUCAAAAUGGUGAUGAUGAUGAUGCUGAUGUCGAUGAAAACGGUGGUGACAGUAGCAGUAGUGGCGGCGGCGGCAGAGCAUGGUUCGGGGACUGGGAUGACGGGCGCACCUGGAAAGAAACUCGCUCAAGAACCCACAGGUGGAAACCGGAAGAUACCCUCGCCAUCCCAGGGUUACCAGGAAGAAUACCCAUGGGGAAAAUGGUGGAAUACGUGUGGCUGCUUCUCCUCCUAGCCAUGGCGGUUACUGCUGCUGGACUAGUGCUCUUCUCUCUGCUGUUCUGGGCUCCUAUGGUCACUGAGGGACCUACGACUGCUAAGGGAACCAGCGGGACUGUGUGGCUGGCGGUUAUGGGUGUGCUGGGAGGGAGAGGCGUGGUGCUGGGUUCUUACUGCUUCGUGCUCUGGCUGCUCCUGCAGGGGAAAGAGUGCAAGCAAGCAGCAUGCUACGCUUCUGCAGACCUCUCAUCCGCCUCCCUCCUAGCAGCCCUCUACCUCUUCUCCCCCUCCACCUCCCUCACCACCCCCAUCGCAUCCUACCUCCUCGCGCGCUCCCUCUGCGAGCUCCUCACUCUCCUAAGCACCUGGAACUGCAAAGGCCGUGAAUGGUGGACGUCUCUACUAGCCGUCUGGCCGCCUUUACUCCUCGGAAUCAGCCUGUUUUUCUCCCAGCCGACGGGGGAGACGUGGUAUAUUGUAGCGGUUACCGGGGCGUGCUGUAUGGUGGACGGGGUGCCGCUGUGGGUGGCGUGUGUGGUGCUGAGAGUGCAGCUUGUGGGCGGUCGGGGGAGUCUGCCGCAGCAUGCGAGGGGGUGUGUGAGGAAGGCUGCUGCUGUUGGGACGUUCGUGCAUGGAUUGAUGAGGCUGCUGCCACUUGCGCUUUACUUUGUGGCAAAAUACGCCUUGUAG